ACGGUACGGGAUUGGGAACAACCAGAGAAAAUGGCGGAAAACGGUGAUCAACCGAAAAUUAAAAAACAAAAAACUGAAGAAAUGAGGUUACAUCCUGUUUUCCUAUCAUUCUUAGAUAGAGAAGAGAAAAAGGAUUUGGAUAUGGGGUUGGUCGCUCUGGAUAUGGGAUUGUCGGACAUGAUUUUAGGCGUUUUACAUGUAGACGCCUGCAAUUCUCUCGAUCAAGUGAACUUCAAAGAUUCAACUAUAUAUAUUAAAACAUCUGCACACGAUCUGAAGCCAGACAUGAAAGGUAAACCUAAAGGUGGUGUUAUUGGAGAUGUUUUCCUUGAUGGUCUGGAUGUGCUGAAAAAGUAUUUGAAUAUGGAUCAUCCGCAAGUUCCACAAGAUAAAUCGCAGCAGGAAGCGUUACUAAAGCUUUUGAUAUUCCUGACUUCUAAAGAAGAUCAUAAAAUUCUGUAUGAAGAAAAGGAUGGUGAAGCAAAUUGGGACGUUAUCCUUGCACAACAUCUUUUAUCGAAGCUGGCAGUUAAAAGUACCUAUACUAUUACUGAAUACCGUAGAAUGACAAUUCAAGACGGAGAGCCAAUGUGUGAAUGUAAUGCAAAGGAUAAACUUGUUGGUGAAAAAGGAGACACUAGCUUUGGAUGUCUGAAAGGAUGGCAUGGAGAAGCUGACAUUAUGAUGGAAGAUGUUGCAGUCACUCUAUUUCAAGAAAAUCCUGAAAAUGAAUCUGAAUCAGCUUCUUGUAUUGAAAUGGAAGUGUCUGAAAACUUUUGUAGGAGAGACAUUUGCCAUGUUAUUUCUGAGACAAUUGUGUUUUCUUUUCUGCAACGGAAAGUGAAAAAUGGAAAGUUGAAAAAUUCUUUAAUACCUGUAAUAGGAUUUGGUGCUAAAAGUUUCUUAAUUUGUUUCUAUGACUCAGAAAAUGAUGUUCUUCUACAAUCUAGACCUGUGGAAAUUUUUGAUGGAAAUGCACUCCAUACCAGAGCUGUUUUGUUUCUUUGGCUGACGCUAAAUUAUGAAUACUUCUGUUCCGGAAUCUCUCAAGAAAUGAAAGCCUGUAAAGCUGACUUCAUCAAAGGGCUUGGUGACAAUGCAAAAAUGUACUUUGAGGAUGUGGCUAGACCUUUGCAUCAACCAGAUACUUCUGAUUCAGACAAAGAUCUGUUUCCUUGGUCAUCUGAACCAAGGCCUUCUGAGUUCAGGCACACUCCAAGUCUAAGAUACCUAGAUUUGCGUCAAAAUCCCUGGCAAAAUUAAAUCAGAUGUCUUCCUUUCAGUCUGCAGCUAAAUGGGAUAUAGAAUCUUACUAUUUUAUGUCCAAUGUGUGGACCAUUUCUUGUUCUGUGUGCUGACUACAUUUUAUCCGGUGUACAAAGUAUUGCUGGAUUUCAUUUACUCUUGAUGAUAGGAAGACUUUGUCUCAAACCUAGUUACGAACAUCGUUGCAGUUUUCCUUAUUAAAGAAUGAUACUGCAUAGUUUCAGGCCUUUGAACCUUCACAUGAAUACAGUUUUAUGCCUGUCCAUUUUUAUGCCCAUGAAGGGAGGCAUAUUAGUUUUCAACUGUCCGUCCAUUAGUUUGUUAGUUCGUUCGUUCAUCACAAUGUUAACUUUUUGCAUGAAGGCACUUUACUCGCGAACCACUGCAUCCAGGACCUUCAAACUUCACAUACUGAUAGUACUUAUUGAGUACAGGACUCCUACUGACCUUUGGGUUACCAGGUCAAAGGUCAAGGUCACAGGGACCAAUGUUAACUUUUUGCAUGAAGGCACUUGACAGGCACUUCAAACUUCACAUGCUGAUAGUACUUAUUGAGUACACGACCCCUACUGACUUUGGGGUCAAAGGUCAAGGUCACAGGGGCCAAUGUUAACUUUUUGCAUGAAGGCACUUUACUUGCGAACCACUGCACCCAGGACCUUCAAACUUCACAUGCUAAUAGUACUUAUUGAGUACACAACCCCUAUUGACUUUGGGGUCACCAGGUCAAAAGUCAAGGUCACCAGGUCAAAGGUCAACGCUUUGGGGGCAUUUGUCACCAUUAGUGACAGCUUUUGGUUUCUUAACUGAUACUAAAAGUCUUACAAAGAGAAGUGAAGCAUAUUGUCAUGUUUGUAGACUGAUUGGCCUCUUCAAUUUUUCCUUGCCAAGGGUCACUAGACCUUAUCUGUAGAUUAAGGGUCAGAAGGUAAAGGUCAAGGGUCAUAAUCAACCUUGUGGCUGAAAUCAAUUUCUGAUCAAUGUUGGAAAGUUCUUGAAUUUACAGCUGUCGAACUUUUUGGGAUGACUGUCUAUUAAUAUUAUCAGAAGAUAACUUUUGUUGAUUUGAUGUUAGUCCAUCAGAGAUGGCCACAGUAACUUUUACAGUGAAAACGAGCUAUGUGAUCAUUAACAGGAAAAUGAUUCUAAAGGCCAACUGGCCUUCAAACUUUGUUAGUGUAGAUUGUUUACGGUCAGUACAUGUCCUAUAUUUCUUUUACUGUUAGUGUCAUCAGGUCAGAAGUCAAGGGUACUGUUCAACAGUUCUCUGUCUGUAAUUUGAGACUGCAUAAGCAUAACAAUGUAAAUAAAAGUAUGUAUUGCGGUCAAUUUUUGACCUAACAUUUUGGGUCUUAAGGUCAAAGGCCAAAGUUAAUGCAACCUUGCGACCGAAAAUUACAUAUAGGCCAUUGUUUGGGCAUAUGUGUUUUAGUCAUGCUUUUGAAUUUGAAAUUACAGAUAGGACUAGACCGCGUUUAUGUUGAAAAGUUUAUAGCUUGACUGUAUGAAGUAUAUGGAGAGCUAUUCUACUCGCCCUGGCUUUGGUGUCUAUGUUCAUGUCCACAGCUUGAUUAAAGUUUCAAUGCCCUUUCACUUCACUUCUGUUAGUAUUCCCCCAAAUACAAAGUAUAUAGGGGCUAUAUUUGAGUCACACAUGUUUGUCUUCUGGUCUGUCCAUCCAUAUUUGUUUCUGUGCAGUGUCUUCUUAUCUGCUUUGAAGAUUUUCAAAGUAAAUUAAAUAAGUCAUUAAUCUGUUAUCUUACCAAUGUGAUAUAUACAGAGCGUAAAAUGCAGGUCACUUAGUCUAAAGUUAAGGUCACACUUUGAGGUCAAAGAUCAAUGAGUUUCACUGUGCCUGUACCAUAUCUUAUGAACUGAAGGUUAUCUGUUAACUAGCAUCAAAUACUUACCUCAUCAAGAUGCACAAUACAGCUCACUAAAUUCAAGGUCAAAGGAAACAGAGGUAAAAGGUCAAAUAACUUAACUUCGUAUCUGCUGUAUAUCUUCUUUGUGACUUAAAAGAUUUUCAUUAAAGUAGCUUCAAAUGUGUACCUCAUCAAGACACAUGCAGAGGAUAUAGCCUAUACAUUAAGUUCAAGGUCAAAAGCUGAAAUUUGUGUCCUUCCCAUUAUCUCUUACCCUCUGGCUGGAUUUGUAUAAUUUAAAAACUAGCAUCAAUUUUUAGGUCCCUGAAGCCAACAUGCAGAAUGCAACCAAUGGUACAAUGCUUGAAAGAUCUUCACAAAACUUGGUCUGUAACAUCAUUGUUAUGUCCUUUCCCAAAUUUGUUUUGAUUGGGGCACUUCCUGGAUUAUUUGAAUAGGGGCACUUACCUCCUAACAAUAGAGCUACAAAUAGAGAAACCUUUAAGCAAUUUUUAUGCCCCAAAAGGGAGGCAUAUUAGUUUUCAACUGUCCGCCCGUUCGUUAGUUCGUUCGCUCGUCACAACGUUAACUUUUUGCAUGAAGGCACUUUUCUCGCUAACCACUGCACCCAGGACCAUCAAACUUCACAUGCUGAUAGUACUUAUUGAUUACACGACCCCUAUUGACUUUGGGGUCACCAGGUCAAAGGUCAAGGCGCUGCGGGGGCAUUUGUCACCGUUAGUGACAGCUCUUGUUUCUCAUGAACUGCUUGAUGGAUCUUUAUCAAACUUGGUAUGAAGCAUCAUUAUUUGAUCCUUACCCAGUUUCGCUCAUUUAAGAGCUUAAAAUAAAAAGCUUUUAAACAGCUUCUUGUCGCGAACAGUUUGUUGGAUCUUCAUCAAAAUUGGUCUAAAGCAUCAUUAUAUGGUCCUCGCCCAAACUGCUCAUGAUGAGCUAUUGAGAGCACCACGAGUCUGUUGUGUGUCUUCAACAAUUUGACUGUUAACACUCUAGAGCUCACAAUUUUAGCCCACUCUUAAUGAAACUUGGUCAGAAUAUUAUUCUAAAUAAAAUCUCUAUGAGUUUGUUUCUGGGUCAUCUGAGUUAAAAUCUAGAUCUCUAGGUCAAUUAAUAGGGAAACCUUGUAAAAACUUUAGGUCAGUUAAUAGGGAAACCUUGUAAAAACUUUAGAUGCCACAUUUUCUACCUCAUCUUUAUGAAACUUUGUACGAAUGUUUGUCUCUUUCAGAUCUAUGAGUUUCUGUUUUAUCAUCUUAAAACUUUAUGAGAAUGUUUGUCUCUAUAAAAUUUGGGUCACAUUCAUAACUUGGUUACUUGGGAUCAAAAACUAGGUCACUAGGUCAAAUCACAGAAAAAGCUUGUUAACACUAGAUAGAGGCCACAUUUUCUGUUUGAUCUUCUUAAAUCUUUGUCAGAAUUGUUGUCUCUGUGAAAUCCAGAUUAAUUUUAAAAGUUUGGUUACAUGAGGUUAGAAACUAGGUCACCAAGUUAAUGGAAAACUUCACUUCAUCAUUAUAAAUAAAUGUUUGGCUUUGUAAAAUCUAGGUCAAGUUCAGAACUUUGUUACCCAAGGUCUUUAACUAGGUCACUAGGUCAGAUCAUUGAUAAACAUUGGCCACACUUAUUACUUGAUCUUCCUAAAACUUCGUUAGAGUGUUUGUCUCUUUGAAAUUUGAGUUGAGUUCAAAGCUGUGUUACCUGAUGUUUUAAACUAGAUCUCUAGGCCGAAUCAUAGAAAAAGCCUCGAACAGACAAUAUGCAUGCCAAACACUUGCAUCAAAAGACUAGUGUCAGAAAGUCGCCUCUCCUUAAUUAUAUUGAUUGACAGGUCAAUAUCAGUGAGUUCUUUCAUUGCAUACAUAUUGUAUACAAAAUGACCUUUGUGAGACAUAAAUAGUUGCUAAAGUAAAAUAAAGUAUGUAAUUAAACAUGUCUACCACUAUCACAGACUUUUUAAGAGUAGAAGGAGGAAAAAUAUUUCGUUUAAUUCUAUUCCUAAUGAUUUAUGUGCUAAAUAGAUUUGUGUACUAUUAUUGCUAGCAUGUUGUGUACAAACAUACUUUGUAAGAAAUAAAGUAGUUGUAAUUGUUGAAUAAAAUUUAUACUUAAAACACAA